AUGGCGCCAGCUAAGAAAUUCGUUCCCCGUGAGCGGAAGCGGAAGGUUCUCGACCGGAAACGGGCACAAGAGAAGGCCAGCCACGAAGCGGAACCAGAUACCAAUGCUCUCGAAAUCACGCCCGCCCAACAGGCUGAGGCUGAACAGAGGAGGGCCCAACUUCGUGAAGAGCUGCGGCCACAGGGCACCAAGGUCAGCGGCCAGAAAGCUAAACGACUUGAAAAGUACAUCGAAAACAAGUUGAAGAAGGACGAGAACCGCGAAUUACUCGCCAAGCUUGCCGCCAACAAGAUCGACACCAGCCUUUUCUCCAGCAGCAAGUCCCUGGGCCAGACCAAGGAGACCAAGCGAGAGGCUUUGAGACGCACCAUCAAGGAGCAGCAUGCCGGUUUAACAUUGGACAAGUCGGCAGCAAACCUCCUCUACCAGCGCCGGAAGGAUACAGAAGGAGCUGUACCACCAAACGACGAGACAUUGAGCGAGUCGGAAGAUGACGAGGGAGAUGCGGGGGAGCAGGGAGCAGCUCUUGACUCCUCCGUGACGGUGCCAGCAAAGUCCCAGUCUUCGAUACAAGCAUCAGCGCAACCAGCGCCUGCGACAGUUGGCUCAGGGUUAAAACGCCCCCUGGAGACCGACGGAUCGGGCCGGCCAGUUCUUGCAAAACGACAGAAGCGCGGAGGUGUCAAAACGAAAACCCCAGUGGUACAACCUGUUAUGUACGAUGAAUCAGAAUCAGAGGGUUGGGGUGGGUUCAGCGGCGAAUCCUCGGUCGAUGGGUCGGAAGAUGGGAGUGGAGAUGAAUCUGAUGAUGGGGCAAGUGAAGAAAGUGAUGGCAGUGAAGAGGAGGAGGGAGAUGACAGUUCUGACGAUGACGUGGAAAGCUCAGAAGGGGAUGUAGAGUCUGAUGAGGAGGGAGCAGCCGAGGAGAAGCGCAAGCAGCGGUCAUCCGCGUUCAAAGCCUGGGCUCACCAGCAGAGGAACGAAGCGUUGGGAUACACGCCGGUCGACUCCAGUUCCCUAGCUUUCAACAUCCCUAAACCCGAAAAUUUCACGCCUAGGCCGAUUGAGGAAGAUCCGUUACCGAUUGAACUGCAGCCGACAAGAAAUAUCGGGAGGAAGGCGUACGCUGUCAAUGUAACAAGAGACCCUGAAAUUCAGGAAGCUCGGUACAAGUUGCCGGUUGUUGCUGAGGAGCAGAAGAUCAUGGAGGCCAUCCACGACAAUGAUGUUGUCAUCAUUUGCGGCGCAACUGGCUCCGGAAAGACCACCCAAGUACCGCAGUUUCUCUUCGAAGCCGGCUACGGAUCACCCAACGGGCCAACACCAGGCAUGAUCGGCAUCACACAACCAAGACGAGUGGCGGCCGUCAGUAUGUCCAAGCGUGUGGCUCAAGAGCUUGGGGAUCGUUCCAACGUUGUUGGUUAUCAGAUCCGGUUUGAAGGCAACGUGGAUCCCAACACUGCGCUUAAGUUUAUGACCGACGGUGUUCUCCUCCGUGAGGUUGCACAGGACUUUGCCCUCAAGAAGUACUCUGCGAUCAUCAUCGACGAAGCUCACGAGCGGAGCGUGAACACAGAUAUCCUCAUUGCCAUUCUCAGCAGAGUGGUUAAACUACGGGCAGAGCUGAUGCAGGAGGACUCAUCGAUCAAGCCGUUGAAGAUCGUCAUCAUGUCUGCAACACUUCGAGUGGAAGAGUUCGCUUCAAACACAAGGCUGUUCAAGAUACCACCGCGUGUUAUUGAAGUGGAGGGCCGACAGCACGAGGUCACGCUUCAUUUUUCACGGAAAACACGGCCUGAUUACAUCGAGGACGCGUUCCGGAAGAUCAGCAAGGGGCACCGGAAGUUGCCUCCUGGAGGUAUGCUUGUGUUCUUGACAGGUCAAGGCGAGAUCUCGCAGUUGAGCAAGCGCCUUAAAGCUUCCUUUGGGGGGAUGACUGCUGCUGAGGGCCCAAAAGUUCGUAUCUCUGCUAGUGAAGCACCUGUAGAGGUCGAGGAUAUCGAUUUUGGGGAGGCGGACGACCGAAACGCCUACGACAGCUACGACGAGAUCGAGAUGGACUCAGACGAGGAGGUGGAGGAGGAGAAGGAGUUCGACCUGGAAGACGAAGAAUCCGGCACAGGUCCUCGAAAGAUGCACAUCUUGCCGUUGUAUUCGCUGCUUCCCACCAAAGAGCAGAUGAAAGUCUUCGAACCGCCACCCGAAGGCUCGCGUCUCGUUAUCCUGGCGACCAACGUGGCCGAGACCAGUUUGACAAUUCCCGGUAUUCGAUAUGUUUUCGAUUGCGGGAGGUCAAAGGAACGCAAGUAUGAUGCCGUGAGCGGCGUGCAGAGUUUUGAGAUCGACUGGAUCAGCAAAGCCAGCGCGAAGCAAAGGGCUGGCCGUGCAGGUCGUACUGGCCCAGGCCACUGCUGGAGGAUGUAUUCUUCGGCGGUGUACGAGAGAGACUUCCCCGAGUUCUCAGCCCCUGAACUUCUGCGGAUGCCCAUCGAAGGCGUGAUCCUUCAGUUGAAGUCCAUGAAUCUCCAACAUGUGGUCAACUUCCCCUUCCCAACGCCACCAGACCGGCAGAGUAUCGUCAAAGCCGAGAAGCUCCUGACCUACCUGUCCGCAAUAUCCCCGAGUGGGCAGAUCACACCGGUCGGCUCGAGCAUGUCUGUCUUCCCUCUGGCGCCCCGGUUUGCCCGAAUCCUCCUUGUCGGGCACCUCCACGACUGCUUGCCUUACACCAUCGCCAUGAUUGCCGGUCUCUCCGCUGGCGAACUCUUCGUGCCCGAGACCCAAGCCAUCCCCGUGGCGCUAGACCAGAACGAAGACUUCCGCACCAACGAGGAAGUCAUCGCCGAGGACAAACGGGCAUCAAUACGAAAGGCGUUCAACUCGGUCCACCGAAACUUUUGCUCACUCGACGACAAGUCGGACGCCAUGAAGAUCCUCCAAGUCGUCGGCGAGUUUGCCCACGAACCCACCGAGCAGUGGUGCGAAAGCCACUUCGUCCGCUUCAAGGUUCUCAAGGAGAUCCUUCAGCUCCAGACCCAGCUCGCCCACAUCGUCAGGACCAAUAUGCCCGGUGCUUUCGCCCACUUCAAGAUCCCCGACACGCUACCACGGCCCUCGACCCAGCAGAUCCAGGCCCUGAAGCAAAUGGUCGCCGCCGGGUUUGUGGACCAAGUCGCCAUCCGCGCCGACAAAGCCCCCAACCCACCCGAAAUGUACCGCAAACCGCGCCGCUCCAUCGACGUCCCCUACCUCCCCCUCAUUCCUCUCGACAACGACCGGAUAGCACCAACAUCUGUCGACCCAGCCGACAAGCUAGUGUACAUCCACCCAGCGUCUCCGCUCGCUCACCUCAGCCCGCAGGAGUGCCCGGAGUAUGUCGUAUACGGGCACCUGCAACGGGCCGGGGGAAGUGGUGGUGGUAGCGUAGACGAUAGCGGCAAGCGGCCCAAGACUCGGAUGCAUGCGCUGACAGAUUUGACGGGUAGUCAACUGGCGAAUGUCGCUAAGGGGACGCCGUUGCUUACGUAUGGCAAGCCGGUGAAGGAGGUGAAGGCCGCGGCUGGAGGGGAUGGGAAUACACGGGAGGUGUGGGUGAUUCCGUAUUUCCGGGCUGAGACGGGUGGUGGGAUGGGAUGGCCCCUUCCGAUGCGGAAGAUCAAGCAAAAGAGGGUCCCAGGACAGGGCUGGGUGGCAGAGUGA